AUGACAUGUAACCCUAAUUGGCCUGAAAUUAAAGGGCUUUUGCAAUACAAUGACGACGCACAAAAUAGGCCAGACUUGAUUGCAAGAGUGUUCCACGCAAAAAUGCAGGAACUUAAGAAUGAUAUUACAAAGAAACAAUUUUUUGGCGAAAUUGCGGCAUACACUUAUGUAAUCGAGUUCCAAAAGAGAGCAUUGCCACAUGCUCAUUUCCUUAUUAUUCUAAAAGACAAAUGUCAUGCAAUGUCUCCUUCUUUUGUUGAUAAUUUUGUAUCGGCAGAAAUACCAGAUAAACAUCUUCAACCUGCUUUGUACGAUCUUGUAAAAAAAUAUAUGGUUCAUGGUCCUUGUGGUUUUCUUAAUCCAAAUUGCCCUUGCAUGACACAAAGGAAAUGCAAAUCCGCACCUACUUGUAAAAGUAAAUACCCCAAACUAUUUAGCGAUGCCACUGAGUUUGCUGAUGACUCUUACCCUAUUUAUAAGAGACGCAAUACACCCUUUUUGGUUCAUGUUAAAGGGUUUAAUCUUGAUAAUAGAUGGAUAGUGCCUUAUAAUCCCCAGUUAUUACUUAAGUUUGAUUUCCAUAUAAAUGUGGAAGUCUGUGCCAGUAUUAAGUCUGUGAAGUACAUUUAUAAAUAUAUUUACAAAGGCCAUGAUAGAGUAAGCAUGACUUUGGGUGAUAACACUGAUGAUCGUGUGAUUGAUGAAAUUAAAGAAUACCAAAAUGCAAGAUGGAUCUCGCCCCCUGAAGCUGCAUGGCGCAUAUUUGGAUUUGCAAUUGCAGAGAUGAAGCCUGCUGUUAUACAGUUACAGAUACAUUUAGAAAACUCACAAUAUAUCAAUUUUUAUGGCCAUGAAAGGAUAACCUACAUAGUAAGCAGAGAAGAGUCGUCUCGUACUAUGUUAACUGAAUUCUUUGCAAUGAAUCUUCAAGUGAUUUUGCAAGAACUUUGA